CACGUGUUUCCGGUGAAACUUAGAAGUUUGUCAUUACCAUCGACAUUACUUGUUUCAAACUUAAUUUGGUAUCCUUGAAAUAUCUGCUACUGCAGAGAAAAGCUUCGGAUAAUAUGAUGUAAUGUUUUUCGAACUGCGUGCGAUAAAAAGACUAAAUCCGGAGUUUUUGUUGCUAAUCUGCUAAACAUUAGCAGCUAGCUUGUGGUGGUUGUGAUGGAAAUCGACUGGAUUGGAUUCAGCUAUGCUCUCCUCGUCUCAACAGGAGGAGUUGUGGGUUAUGUUAAAGCAGGAAGCGUCACCUCCCUGGUGGCAGGACUCCUGUUCGGCCUGUUGGCUGCUGUUGGUGCCUAUCUGACAUCUCGUAAUCCCAAGAAUGUGUGGCUCUCACUGGGAACUGCAGGAUCUUUGGCUGUAAUGAUGGGACAGAGGUUUCUAAGCUCCUGGAAGUUUAUGCCAGCUGGUCUAGUGACUUUAGCAAGUGGACUGAUGCUGGUAAAGAUUAUCCGUGGAGCAUUGAAGUCACGACAACACAAAUCUUGAACAUUUUCAGAAAUAUUUUAAGAUGACUGUAAAUAGAACGUGAAGCAUUCACAGCUGUAUGAUCAUGUGACAGUCUUAUGUCUUUUUUAAAAAAUAACUUAGAAAAUCUCAAAGUACAUGGCCGAUGUUCUACAGGAAGAUGUUUUAUCAUUUAAAAAUUAUAUUUUUGCUGUUAAUAAAAACAUGUUAAUGAUGAACAA